AUGCUGGAUCCGAUCGGAUCAGACCAUCCGACAAAAUCCGAUCGGAUUCCUGGAAACGGAGUUGCAUUGGAAUCGGACUGGAAAAAUUCCGUCGAAAAUCAGGAAAAUUCAUGUUUUGGAUCCGAUGAGAUCCGACAUGGGAUCCGUCAAAUUCCUGUAGGAUCCGAUAAAAUCCUAUGUUGGCUCCUAUCGGAUCCGAGUACGGGAUUGAUUGGCCUGGGUAUUGAACAACGUUUAACUCGACGAUCUAGCAGAUCCUUAUUAGAUCAUACAUAUCUCUUCGAUAUCAACCGCCUCAACGAACGAAUAAAGAACAUAAACAUUACAAUAGCAGAGUUUUGA